CUCCUCAUGACUGGAUAAACCGAGGCUCCGAGAGCCCGUUCUCACCCCCACCUUGCUAAGGACUCAGGGUUUGGCCAGGUGGAUCUGAACUUGAGCGGCUCAGAGAGCAGCGAUCAGAGAUUCGCAAAGGAAACUCACCUUGGCGCGGGGGCUUCCGGCUGCUGUCACGGUGCCGUGGUUCUGAGGGCGCAGAUCCCCGGGCACUCUGGUGUCCAGGGUCCCGCCCCUUGCUGGGGGUGGGGAGAGGGUCUGACCGCGGAGGCGCGGGGUCAGUGCCGCAGGCUUCCCGGGGCGUCGCAGCAGGUGCCCGCGCGGACAAGGUGCCUUCAGCCUGGCCUCCGGCUCGCCAUGCUCCGCAGGGGCGCGCAGCGGCUGCGGGGGCUCCCGCUGCCCAGCUGUCCCGGGCGCCUGCGCUCGGUGGGCAGCCCAGAAGGAAAGGAAAAGCUCUCUUCAUCCACAGAAACAAAAUGGAAAGACAGGGCAGAAACUGUGAUAAUCGGAGGCGGCUGUGUGGGAGUAAGUCUGGCCUAUCACCUGGCCAAAGCAGGCAUGAAAGAUGUGGUCCUGUUGGAGAAAUCAGAGCUCACGGCUGGAUCCACCUGGCACGCAGCAGGCUUAACAACUUACUUUCAUCCUGGAAUAAACUUGAAGAAAAUACAUUAUUAUAGCAUCAAGCUUUAUGAGAAACUGGAGGAAGAAACUGGACAGGUGGUGGGAUUCCAUCAACCAGGCAGUAUCAGAAUUGCUACAACUCCAGUAAGGGUAGAUGAAUUUAAAUAUCAGAUGACGCGGACUGGCUGGCAUGCAACAGAGCAGUACAUCAUUGAACCUGAACAAAUUCAGGAGAUGUUCCCUUUGCUCAACAUGAAUAAGAUUUUAGCUGGACUGUAUACUCCUGGGGAUGGUCACAUUGAUCCUUAUUCUCUAACCAUGGCCCUGGCUGCUGGAGCUAGGAAAUAUGGUGCCCUGUUAAAGUAUCCUGCGCCAGUGACUUCCCUGAAACCCAGGCCAGAUGGAACAUGGGAUGUGGAAACACUACAGGGAUCUAUAAGAGCAAAUCGAAUUGUGAAUGCUGCAGGCUUUUGGGCCCGUGAGGUAGGUAAAAUGAUUGGACUGGAGCAUCCUCUCAUCCCAGUUCAACAUCAAUAUAUCAUUACAUCAACUAUACCUGAAGUGAAAGCUUUGAAGCAAGAACUCCCUGUGAUCCGAGAUCUGGAAGGAUCCUAUUACCUGCGGCAGGAGAGAGAUGGGCUUUUAUUGGGUCCAUAUGAAAGUCAGGAGAAAAUGAAAAUUCAGGACUCCUGGGUUACCAGCGGAGUCCCUCCAGGCUUUGGGAAGGAACUCUUUGAGUCUGAUCUAGACCGUAUUAUGGAGUAUGUGGAGAUGGCCAUGGAGAUGGUUCCAGUCUUGAAGAAUGCUGACAUCAUCAAUAUCAUCAAUGGUCCUAUCACCUACUCCCCUGACAUCCUGCCAAUGGUGGGGCCCCAUCAGGGGGUCAGGAACUACUGGGUGGCUAUAGGCUUUGGAUAUGGCAUAAUCCAUGCUGGUGGGAUAGGGAGGUAUCUCAGUGACUGGAUCCUGCAUGGAGAACCUUCUUUUGACCUGAUAGAAUUGGAUCCCAACCGCUAUGGCAAAUGGACAACAACUCAGUACACCGAGGCCAAAGCCAGAGAAUCAUAUGGAUUCAACAACAUUGUUGGUUAUCCAAAGGAAGAACGGUUUGCUGGGAGGCCAACUGAGAGAGUCAGCGGGCUCUACAAAACCCUGUCAGCUAAAUGUUCUAUGGGGUUCCAUGCAGGUUGGGAGCAGCCACAUUGGUUUUAUAAGCCAGGCCAUGACACCCAGUAUAGGCCAAGUUUUCGUCGUACAAACUGGUUUGAGCCUGUGGGUUCAGAGUAUAAACAAGUUAUGCAGAAAGUAGGAGUGAUUGACCUGUCACCAUUUGGCAAGUUUAACAUCAGAGGCCCAGACUCCGUUAGAUUGUUGGAUCACCUCUUUGCAAAUGUCAUUCCAAAGAUGAAUUGUGAUACAAAUCCCUUUGAAGCUGGACUGGACUAUUUUGUCAAGUUAAAUAAGCCAGCAGACUUCAUAGGAAAGCAAGCACUGAAACAGAUUAAAGCCAAGGGGCUGAAACGGAGACUGGUCUGCCUCACCUUGACGACAGAUGAUGUGGAUCCGGAGGGAAAUGAAAGCAUCUGGUACAAGGGCAAGGUGGUUGGCAACACAACGUCUGGAAGCUACAGUUACAGUAUCCAGAAGAGUCUGGCUUUGGCUUAUGUCCCUCUAGAGCUAAGUAAAGUGGGACAGCAAGUGGAAGUUGAACUACUGGGUAAAAAUUACCCAGCAACCAUCAUUCAAGAGCCCUUGGUAUUGACAGAACCAACUAGAAACCGCCUUCAGAAAAAUGGCAGAAAGGACAAAGCUUAAAGUAAAGCAGUAACUAAUCAGAUGAAUUAUAAAUGCUAUAUGACUAUACUUGAAAUUAUUGUAAUUGGGUGUUGGGAAUAGAGGAAACCAGGAAUUCAUUUCAAAAUUGUCUUAGACUUUUAAUAAAACCUUUCUCUUAAUUAUGUUCAAACAAAAACAUAAUAAUAAAUUAAUGAUUUAAGUUAUUCAAGUAAAGAAACUUAAAAUGGAUGCUUUUAAUUACCAUGUCAUAUAGUUUAUGAAACCAAAUCAGGAAAACAUUAGGUGUUAUCAGUAGGCAUUGAUCAUUGUAACAGAAUUAAACAACUCUAUGUAAGUUUAGGAAUAUCUGGCUGAUAUCUGAGAACAAAUCAAUAAAUUAUCUUUUCUAUAACUGCCAUGUGAUAUUAUUGAAAAACUUUUAUUAAGAAAUCUUUCCUUGGAUGAAUAAGUGAUCAUUUUAAUUUUUUACAAUAUAUUUGAUGAAAAUAGUGAAAUUUUAAUAUUAGCUUAUUGGUAACAUUUCUAUCAAUUCUCUGAAAUAUUUGCUAUUUUUCAUAAUGAAUUUCCUGAAAGCAGCUUUAUAAGAUAUAAAGAGUGUCCUUUCAAAGGUUAUUUUAGUAGAGAAUUUGCAAAAAAAAAAAAAAAAAAA